AACUGCAUAAGGAAGAAGCAGUAAAGGGGCUCAAGCUUUCUGGGCAACCAAAUGAUACCAAGUGCGAGACGUGUCUGCUGAGCAAGUUCACACGGUUCCCCUUUCACGACGUAGCUGGGAAAAGCAAGGCAGCACUGGAACUGGUGCACAUGGACCUGGUAGGACCUUUUCCAGUCCGAGGAAGUAAGGGGGAAAGGUACUUCCUGACAAUAGUUGAUGACUGGAGUCGGCUGAUGUGGGCAUACCCGUUGAAGCAGAAGGAUCAUGCUGCCUCAACAAUACGAGAUGAUUGGCUGCCGUUCGUCGAGCGACAAUCUGGGCACUCAUGCAAAAGCAUCAGAACCGACCGAGGUGGAGAGUUUCUAGGAGGAGAUCUGACUGCAUGGCUCAAGAAACAAGGCAUUGAGCAUCAACUAACGACGUCCUAUACCCCUCAGUCAAAUGGCGUUGCUGAGAGGGCUAAUAGGACCAUCCUGGAAACUGCGCGAGCGCUGCUGAUCGAAUCAGGGCUGGGGAACUCCAUGUGGCCUCAUGCGGUGAGCAUGCUACAGUGGCAAGGAACCGCGUACUCACAAAGGUGGCUGAUGAUAUGUGGGUGCCGCUGGAGAGGUGGCUUGGAAAGAAGCCUCCAGUGGACAUGCUUCGAGUGUUCGGAUGCAUGGCAGUGGCGCAUGUCCCUAAACCGUACAGGACAAAGCUUGGAGCAUCUGCACUUUGGUGUGUGCACCUUGGGCUUGCGGCAGAGAGCAAGGGGUGGCUACUCUGGGAGCCCUCAAAGAAUGUGCUGUUUGACAGUCGGGAUGUCAAAUUUGUGGAGAACAUCAUGUAUGGCAAGUGGGAGAAGCAGCCGGAGGCAAGGGUCACCCAGCAGCUGGAAGAGAUCACUAUGCACUUCGAUCUGUCCGAACCUGAGGACAGCGAAGUCACUGCGCCAACGGCAAGCGGUACUGAUGAAGGAAGCAAUGAGGAUAUUGCAACUGAUGCUGAAGUCAAGGAUCCGGAGCAGCAGCAGCAAGAGGCUUCCAAAACACGAAGUCUGCCAAAGCGAAGGAAACAGAUUGGUGGGGGGACAAAGGAUUGGGUGAAGGUGAAAGAAUGGGUAAGUCCAACCAUCUACCCUGCACGUACCAGAAUGGCAACGAGAAAGCUGCUGAGCUCCACAAGUGGAGGAGCCACAACUGAGCAGCAGGAACAGGCUCAAGGCGAAGAUGCGGUGCUGUUAUUGGGUGAUGACCAAGAGUCAGAUGACGAGGAGCCUGCAUACUGCUUUUACGCACCAAUACAACCUCCGAGCAUGGAUCAUGCGCUAGCCGGGCCUCAACGGGGGAAGUGGCUCGUUUCAAGAGAUGCAGAGUACAACAGCCAGAUGGAGAAUCACACAUGGGACCUGCAGCAGUGACAAGGAGAUCGAUGGGGUGCAGCGGAAGCUCACAGAGCAGUUCAAGUGCAAGUCACUUGGAGAGGCAAGGUACUACCUGGGAAUGCACAUUGAGCGGGAUGCUGAACGUGGCUGGCUCAAACUGCAUCAGGGACAGUACAUCAACACCUUGGCUGAGAAGUACUCUCUGCAGGAAGAACGGGAAGUGGUCACACCUUUGCCUUCCGAGUUCAAACUCAUAAAGGCAGCUGAAGGAGAAGGAGUUGAGAGUGAAGACCAGAGGCAAUUCCAAUCCAUGGUCGGGAGCCUACUCUACGCUGCUGUGCAUACUCGGCCUGACAUCAGCUUUGCUGUGGGACAGCUGGCUCGAGUAGUGCAAAAUCCAACAGAAGAGCAGUGUGGUGCAGCGGAGAGAGUGGUGCGCUACCUCAAGUCAUACCCUACAGUGGGAGUACAGUAUUCAGCCUCUGCUCAACGCAGUCAAAAAGGAGUUGAAGUCCUCAAAGAGAAGGGGGAGCAGCUCGGAGAAGGAAAGGUGUUCCUUUCCUGUUUUGCUGAUGCCACGUGGGCUUCUGAGCAUGAGGAUUCAUCAUCAGUUGGUGGAUACAUCUGCAUGGUGGGAGGUGGGCCUGUAAGUUGGAGGUCCAAGAAGCAGUCUAAGACGGCACUAUCUUCAGUGGAAUCUGAGUACAUGGCGAUGUUUCAUGCGGCAAAAGAAAUCAUCUGGCUAAGGAGGCUCUUGAAGGAGAUCGGCCAUGAACAGACUGUUAGAAACAGAAAGGUUCAGUUUAUUGAUGAAGCAAAGGCAUUACAUAGGAAGAGAGAGAUGAGCUAGGAA